CCCGCGAUCAAGGCCUCGGCAUUCAGUUCGCAGACCAGUUUCCCCCAAGGUUCGGCAUAUGAGUAUGACGCGCACCGUCUUCGCAAUCGUCGUAGCUUUGCGGAGUCGUUGAAGGCAGUCUAUGACGACUUCGGACCGACGGACACUUGUGCUGCGCACCAACACUUCCAUCACAAUAGGAAAAAUUGGCUCUCGGUGACAAUAUUGGUUCUGGCGGUAUACUCCACGGUUAUGUCUGCCCUCUUCCUCGUCCUCGCUUUGCGCGGACCACGAUACAACUGGAUUCGAAAGGGCGGGAUCAUGACACCAUCCAUUGCAAACCUUCUCUCCGCUCUGUUUGCCAAAACCAUCGAACUGUCGUUUGCGACUGUAAUUGUUUCCUUCCUGGGACAAGUUCUUUCACGCAGGGCUUUCAUGAAGGACCAAGGCCGCGGUAUCACGCUUGCAGAAAUGGAUAUGCGCAGUUGGGUCAUGCAGCCUGGAACCAUGAUCACGCACUUUGAGGCCCUCAAAUCCAGCAUUUUGUCUUUUCUUGGUGUGCUGUCGCUGGUCGCUGCUAUCGUAGCCAUGCUGUACACCACAGCUUCUGAAUCCCUUGUGCAGCCAUAUCUUCGCUACGGACCCUGGGAAAAUAGACCCAUGCAAGGCCUUGUCAAAACCAUCUUCGCCAACACGAUAUACCUAGGACAAAACUGUGGGACGCCGAUCAAGAGCACAGAAGAUGCGAGUGCGGGUAAUACCUGUCUCCAGAUUCAAUAUGCUGCGCACAGCUUCUAUAACUACCAACGCUACAUCUCCGAUUGGUCGACUAUCUCGAAUAACGGCAACGGAACCAGUGAUCCUGCUCACCGCCCAAAAGGCUUUGCAAUGAUUUUCGAAAAUACUACGGUCACUGCGCCCUGGAUUGAUUUAGAGUACAGCAACGUUACGAAAAACUCACAAGAGCAUCAGAGAAUCAUCAAUAAUGUGACACUUGCUUUGCCGCACUCUGGUGUGCCUGGAGCAGCCUGGGACUCGAUCAACAAUAUUUUACAGCCUGAGGUGCGUAAGUCACAACACUAUCAUGUAUAUCGGACUAAUAAGAGCAUANNGGAUCUGGAUGGUCAGGGAGUAUAUCAACUACAAGCUUCUGUUCCAUCGCCAGCGGUCAAUGUUCUGUGUGCGCAAAUGACACAAGAAGAGCUCUCUCCGAUUGUGUACACAGAGUGGAAUAAUAACACCCUCAACGCUACACUAUGGCCUACUGGAGCACAACUAGCUUUCUAUGAGCCCGGAUAUCCAAAUGGCACCUACCUCAACAAAACUGUAGUCGAUGACAUAUUCGAGUGGGGAGAACAGUACCAAACCUCGCGCCCAAUAUUCCCAAGACUGCCUCUGUCUUACAACACUGUAAUGAAUCACACCGGGGCUUAUGGCAGGAAAGCCAUCUACUUGCUCGGAAGAGAUGCUGCCGACAACUACGCCCUCUGCUCUCUUAAAGUGUUUCAAACACCUUUCUGCUCGACUGUAUACAAUGCUUCAGUCGUGGGCGCAAGUCUAGAAGCGAGGUGCGACAAUUCCCCAACAGCGCACCUCACAAACCCAAUGCGCUACAUCGACAGCCUCAACAACGCCACAUCGGGCAACGACACCAUCAGCAAAGAUUGGCCCGACAUUGGCUCCGAAUGGUCCAAUUCACUCUCCCUCAACGCCGGAAUUACAGACGGGGAUGCCUCCAACGCACGCCUCCUCACCGAACUCAUCCUCUCUAAACAAUCAUUACCUGUCGAUCGACCCAGUAUUGCUGAAGCUCUAGCAGUCCUGGCUAGUUCGACUCUCUUGAUGUCCUGGCAAGACGCACCCUUUGUUCAGUUCUAUAAUUAUUCCACAACUAUUCUUGAGCCCGGACAACGGCAAAUCUUCAAUACUAGUCUCCGAGCCCAAGAGUAUGCUUCUGGCGGCACGGGCGAGCCAGGUACUCAUGCGUUUUACGUUGUGCUGUUUGCAAUCUUCAUCAUCAACGUGGUCUGUCUGGUAUACUUCAUCAGUCAGAAUGGCUUGGUCACGGAUUUCUCGGAACCGUUGAAUUUGUUCAGUCUGGCGGUCAACAGUCCUCCGAGUGAUUUGAUGGCAGGGGCGUGCGGAGGUGGCCCGAGAGGAGAGCAGUACAAGGGCCGUUGGUUCGUCAAUGCAGCUGGUGAGCAUCUGUUCAUGGAAAACAAGGUCGAUGGUAGGGAAGUGGGUGAUGAAGGUUUGAGAAGGUUGCAGGGGCAUGGGUUGUCAGCGAGUGGCCUAACCCCGAUCAGUCCUAUGAGGGCAGCAUACGAAAAGAUGAGCCGACGGAAGAGUUGGUUCUGA